AUGUACCAAAAAUUCAUGAAAGAGGUAAUCUCUAGAAAGAGACCAAUAGAAGAUGGGCUGGUAACCGUUAAUGAAAAAUGUAGUGCUAUAUCACCGAGUAGGAGAAUCCCAAUCAAGCAGAAGGAUCAUGGAUCUGACACAGUCCCAUGCACUAUAAAAGACAUAACUUUUAAGAAGGUACUUAUUAAUAUAGGAGUUAGUGUGAGUUUGAUGCCAUUGUCAAUCUAUCAAUGGCUUGGUAUUGAAAAAGUCAGUGAUACAGGGACAAAUCUGAAAUUUGUAGAUCACUCCAUAAAGAAUGCAUAUGGGAUAGCGAAAGAUGUACUUAUGACAAUAAAGAAUAGAUUUCCUAUUGAUUUUGUGAUCAUGGACAUACCUGGAGAUAAAGAGACACCUAGCAUUCUGGGUCGACCAUUCAAGCAGACAAGUCGAUGCAAUUUCGACAAAGAACAUGGUACACUGACUUUAAAAGUUUAUGAUGAUGAAAUAACCUUGAAUGUGCUUGAAAACAGGAAGCUAGAGGUAGAAAAAGAAAAUCACUAUCAAGUAGGCAUGAUCAAGACAAAUGUGAAAGGCCAAAGUAACAUGUCAACAUCAGAAAAACUCUUAAAAGUUCAUCUUAACUAG